GCAUCUCCCCGUCCGCCAUUGCGUCGUCUCCUCUUCUCCCGUUUCGUCUCUAAGUGCUUUCUCUCGACCUCCAUCGCUGCCGAAGGAUUCGAUCCGAGUCGACGAGGCGGCCAUGGCCGAGGCGUUGUGCAACGGUGUAGUGGCGUCGCUGUGUGGUGGGGACGUCGGAGCCGGCCGGCCGAGGGGCGCCGCGGAGCCUGUGCCGACCGGCGUCUACAGGGCCAAGAGCUCGUUUCCCGGCGGGCGGAUGGCGGUGACGGACAGGAAGGCGAGGCUGCUGCCUCGGAGCCUCGAAGCCGUGCCUGGGGAGAUGAACCUGACGAUUUCGAAGGCCAUGAGGUGGUGGGAGAAGGGGCUGCAGCCCAACAUGCGGGAGAUCGAGUGCGUGCAAGACCUCGUCGACUCCCUGCUCAACGCCGGCGACAAGCUCGUCGUCGUCGACUUCUUAUCCCCCGGCUGCGGUGGCUGCCGCGCUCUCCACCCCAAGAUCGCUCAGUUUGCCGAGAAGAACCCGGAUGUGCUGUUCCUGCAAGUGAACUACGAGACGCACAAGUCCAUGUGCCACAGCCUCCAUGUCCAUGUCCUCCCUUUCUUCAGGUUCUACAGGGGAGCGCAGGGCCGGGUCAGCAGCUUCAGCUGCACCAAUGCAACUAUCAAGAAGUUUAAGGACGCGCUCGCGAAGCACGGGCCGGACAGGUGCAGCCUCGGCCCUGCACGGGGGCUCGAGGAGUCGGAGCUCAUUGCCUUGGCUGCGAACAGGGACCUGCAAUUCACCUACGAGAAACCGGGCCUUGUCCCAAUUGCAGAAGCCAUUGCGAAGGAGGCUGCCGCACCCGGAAGCCCGUGGUUUCCUUUGCCUGCAUCUCCGACGCAGUUGCUCACUCAGGGAUCUGAGAGUUCCUUCUUGUCAUCCGGAAGAUAGACAGUGGUUUCUUGUUCAUUGUUUGUACAGAUUUACUGAUUCUUGGUCUGAUGUAUGAGACAUUGAGAUGCAGAUGCGCAGGGUUAGGCUUUUAGUUUGUAAGUCUGCUGAUUACUACAUUGUAUAUGUGUUGUGGUAGCUAGUCCUGUACUUGGUUGAGCUAAUAGCAUCCACAUCUGGGUCGGGACUGUGCUUGGUUGAGCUAUCUUGAAGCAAUUUGUCGUUAACAGUGUCUAAAUCAUCUUGAAUAAAGAUAUGGUUGAUUUCAGCCAAACCUUCAAGA